AUGGAGGAAAUUAGAAGAGCAAUGCACAAUAUUCCCCUUGCAUUAGCCCUUGCAGCUUUGAUCUUAGCAUCCUUCAUGGCCACUGAAGUCAAUGGAUAUCGACCUCUGCACGAUGCUCCUGAAGGUCCUAAUCCUAUUAACAACGGAGAGAGGUUUAACUUCAAGCCUUUGCAAGAUACUCCUGAAGCUCCUUAUCCUAUCUAUGAGGAAGAAAGGUUUAAUUUUAAACCUUUGCACGAUGCUCCUGAAGGUCCUAAUCCUAUCAACAACGGAGAGGGGUUUAACUUUAAGCCUCUGCACGAUACUCCUGAAGGUCCUAAUCCUAUCAACAACGGAGACGGGUUUAACUUUAAGCCUUUGCACGAUACUCCUGAAGGUCCUAAUCCUAUCAACAACGGAGAGGGGUUUAACUUCGAGCCUAUGCAAGAUACUCCUGAAUCUCCUAAUCAUUUCCAUAACGACUUUAAGCCUCUCCACGAUGUGCCUGCAGGUCCUAAUCCUAUCAACAACGGAGAGGGGUUUAACUUCGAGCCUCUGCAAGAUACUCCUGAAGCUCCUAAUCAUUUCCAUAAUGAAGAAAGAUUUAACUUUAAACCUCUCCACGAUGUUCCUGCAGGUCCUAAUCCUAUUAACAACGGAGAAGAGUUUAACUUUAAGCCUCUGCACGAUGUUCCUGCAGGUCCUAAUCCUAUUAACAACGGAGAAGAGUUUAACUUUAAGCCUCUGCACGAUGUUCCUGAAGGUCCUAAUCCUAUCAACAACUAA